GAACAACCAUCUGUUCGAUCAUCAUUCAACUGUUGUAAUUUAACUGUUGUAAUGGUGAAAUUCGAUGGCGUGGAAUAUAAACGAAUCCAUGUUGCCCCAUCUUUGGAAUAUGGUCCAAACGAUGUUUCUUUCACGCUCUAUAAUCUAAUUGGUUUUAAAGGAGAGGACAUUUUCUUUGUAUGGUCAUAUAGUUACGUAGAGAUAAUAGGAUGGGCUCAAAGCAACAGGAUCUGGCACGCGGAAUUUUCGAAAUGGGCGUCUACAAAAUAAAGCAUAACGAUAAACAAGGUACCCUUUAUGUCAAGUUAUCAAAACAAGCGACUCACAAAAUUGAUCCCACAAGAACCGUAUCGGUUCAACAACUACUAGACCAGCAAAGCCCAUCAUCAAACAGCGGCAGAAAAGAUUCAUCACUAGCCAACCAUACAAAGUACGGCGGCGCCGCAACACAAAAGCGCAUAAAUACCCUCAUAUAUGGCGUAAAUGCCGAAGAGUUUGAAUGGCAGGAAGAAGAUGAAAUAUCAUGGUCAUGGCGGGCUAUCGAGAAGCUGAAAAUGGGCUUGAAGAUUAUUCUAGUCGUUAUUGUGAGUGUUGGUUUUUUUAGACUCAUUGAAAUACAAAAAAGCAUCAAUCAAUAAUUUAAACAAAUCCUCAAUUGUUUAUAUUGCAAGCAUAUAAUUAAGGAAAUGAAGUACUCCGUAUUAUAUUACGUUUGUUAUAAGCCAACCAUCAAAAGCUAUCAUUC